UUUAUUUCCAAUUGGAUUUUCCAAGCGACAGUUGAAGAAAGAACGCCGAAGAGACAACAACGCGCCAAUUGGAUUAAAUUGUGAGCGAGAGAGGGGACAAUAACGGCUAGAACAGCAUGACCACCAAUAAGGAUCCCCAAGAUAAGGGAGCCGGGAAACCAGAGCCGGCGAAGAAUGGCGGAUCCGGUGGUGUGGGAAUCAUGAAGCGCUUGAGAAGAUCAGCCUCUGCCACGGAACACAAUCUGAGCAGCCUGCGGAACCGCAAAUCAACCCAAAAUCUGUUCGAUCAGCAUGGCAAUCCCAUUGAUCUGCGGCAAUAUCGCAAAGUUUUGGAUAAAGAUGAGAAUGGUAAUGGGACGAAUGGAUCCGAGAAGAAGCUGCGUUAUAGGAGAACCCAGAGUGUGACUCGUGCUGAGGAAAUUUCGAACAAAGAAGAAAAGCAGCGAAAAGCUCAACCGGGCAGACCAAUCCAUCGACCUCGAGACUCUCUGUUUUCUUGGAGCUCCGGAUUUACCAAUUUUACGGGUCUGGUUAAUUGGGGAUUUCUACUGCUUUGCAUUGGAGGUUUGCGUUUAGGUCUGGAGAAUCUGCUCAAAUAUGGCGUUCGCAUAAAUCCCCUGGACUGGUUCUUUUUCAUAAGCGGACACAAUGAGGGCGAGGGUCACAAUGCCCUGAUCCUGAGCAUUUACUCUUUGGUUCACAUUUCCCUCUGCCUGGCUGUGGAAAAGGGACUUGCCAUGGAAAUCAUUGCCGAGGGCUUGGGCAUCUUCAUUCAGAUAGUAAACAUAGUGGUGCUUGUUUGCCUGCCCGUGGUCACCAUUCACCUUAAAGGACAUGCCUUUAGUUUGAUGGGCGCCUCAACGGUUUGCUUCUUUUAUUCUGUAUUGUUCCUGAAACUCUGGUCGUACGUGCAGACGAAUAUGUGGUGUCGUCAGACUUACUACCAAAAGAAUCCCCGAGAGCGUCGACCCAGCAUCACUUUGGCCGAACUGAGAAAUGGAGUUUUGAAUGGAGGUGAAGAGGACGAGGAUGUUUCCAAGCUGGUGCAGUAUCCAGAUAAUCUCACUUACAGGGAUCUUCUGUACUUCCUCUGCGCUCCCACACUCUGCUAUGAGUUGAACUUCCCACGAACUUCUCGGGUGCGCAAACGCUUUCUGCUCAAGCGUUUGCUGGAGGUUGUGAUUGGAGCGAAUGUGGUGAUGGCUUUGUUCCAACAAUGGAUAAUUCCCUCGGUUAGGAACUCCCUGAUUCCGUUUUCCAACAUGGAUGUGGCUCUGGCCACGGAGCGACUUCUAAAAUUGGCGUUACCCAAUCAUUUGUGCUGGCUGUGUUUUUUCUACCUGAUGUUCCACUCGUUCCUAAAUGCGGUGGGUGAGCUCCUGAAUUUCGCGGAUCGCAACUUUUAUUGUGAUUGGUGGAAUGCCAAUAAUAUUGAUACGUUCUGGCGAACCUGGAACAUGCCCGUUCAUAGAUGGUGUGUGCGUCAUCUAUAUAUCCCAGUGGUCCAAAUGGGCUACUCCUCGCGACAGGCCUCUACAAUCGUCUUCCUGUUUAGUGCCUUCUUCCACGAAUAUUUGGUUUCUGUUCCUCUGCAAACCUACAAGAUCUGCUUUAUGGGCAUGAUGGGUCAGAUUCCUCUCUCGGCCAUAUCCAAAUCCAUUGAGAAACGCCUGGGUCCCCGCAUGGGCAACAUAAUUGUGUGGGCUUCCAUUAUUCUCGGCCAGCCUCUGUGCAUUAUGGCCUACUAUCACGAUUAUGUGGUUCAGCAUUUUAAGAACUCACUCAACGGCACCGACUACGGCAGUUAGAUUUUAGAAAUCGAACUUUUUGGUGGAAAACCACUGGAAUAUAUGCACUGGUCGGGUCCGUGUAUUUUUGUAAUUUAUAAGCCAGAAUGCAAGUUAAGAAGAUAACUUGUGAUUGCCACAAUACAGAUCAAUUUUGUAUGACUUUUGCACAUGCAUGUAGUACUGAUGAAAACAAAUAGAUUGUUAUUGAAUGCAUUUGUUAAUGAAUUUAAGUGUCAUGUAAAUAAAACCAAUUUUAGACUCA